AAUAAAUAAAAUUAGAAAAAUAAAACGCAGACCAGAGAGAAGGAACCAGAGGAAUUCUCGUGCCUCCAUUUUUCGAAGCUCAGAAUUGAUCGAACUGUAAAAAUGGCGGGCUCGGCCUCCUCUUCGUCGGCCGGCACCAGUUCCAACAUCAUGCUCGCCAUCUUCGAGAAGAAAACCACUCAACUCGACCUCUACCGGCCCCUCCGCAACUUCAUCGUCUUCAAUUACUCCGAGCGCGAGGCUCAGAACCUCGAAGACGACCUCCAAACCCUCAAGAACUACCGCUCCGAUCUCGAGCGCCAAUCCGAUCCCUCCCCCACCGCCCGCCGCGAUCUCCUCCAGAGCUACUUCAAAGCCCUCUGCCUCGUCGAGACUCGCUUCCCCAUCUCCCCCGACAAGGACCACAUCAAUUCCGUCACCUUCGUCUGGUACGACGCCUUCAAGCAGAAGCAGAAGGCUUCCCAGCUGAAUAUCCACUUGGAGAAGGCUGCGGUUUUGUUCAAUUUGGGUGCCGUGUACAGCCAGAUUGGGCUCUCCUUUGAUCGCGCUACUGUUGAGGGGCGGCGCCAGGCUUCUCAUGCGUUCAUCGCGGCUGCUGGGGCGUUCGCGUUCUUGAGGGACAAUGCGUCCACCAAGGCGUCGAUUGGUACCUCCACCACUGUGGAUGUGUCGGUCGAGUGUGUGGGGAUGUUGGAGAGGCUGAUGUUGGCCCAGGCGCAGGAGUGCGUCUUCGAGAAUACGAUUGCCAAAGGUAGCACUCCGGGUGUCUGCGCCAAGAUCUCUAGGCAGGUUGGCUUGUAUUACGAGGAAGCUUUGGCAGCUCUCAAUGCUGCACCUCUUAGCCAGCAUUUUGACAAGGCCUGGAUAACUCAUGUGCAGCUGAAGGCAGCUCUGUUUUUUGCUGAAGCUUGCUAUAGGUAUGGUUUAGAGUUGCAUGAGAAAGAAAAUAUUUCCGAGGAAAUUGCUCGGUUGAAGAGUGGGGUUGCUGCUUUAACUGAGGCUAAGAAGUCAUCAAAGGGUGCUGCAGCACAGCUUCUUGAUGCUAUGAAUAAGUUAGAGGCCAAUCUUAACCGUAAUUUAGAGAGAGCUGUGAAGGAAAAUGAUAGAGUCUACCUCAUGAGGGUUCCUAAUCCUAGUACUCUACCUCCUCUUCCAGCUUUCUCCAUGGUGAAGUCAAUGGCAAUGAAUGAAGUGUUGGAUGCAAGCAAGGAAAAGAUGUUUGCAAGUCUUGUUCCAGAUAGCAGUGCAAAGGCUCUUUCUAGGUACACUGAAAUGGUUGAUGACAUCAUACGAACACAAGCUGAGAAAUUGCAACAAGCAAGUGAGCUCACCCGAGUAAGGCUCAAGGAAAUGGACCUUCCUGAAUCUAUUCUUGCCUUGGAAGGAAAUUCUUCCCUGCCGGCAGAUAUUAAAGAAGAUGUUGAGGCAGUGCAAAUUAGUGGGGGCCCAGUAGGUUUGGAAGCUGAGUUACAACAACUCAGGGAUCUAAGAAGAGUAAACAGUGAAAUGCUAGUGCAGAUUGAGGAGCUCCUGCAGAAAGAAGCAAUAGAGGACUCCCAAUUUCGAAGCCAAUUUGGGACUCGGUGGACUAGGCCUCAGUCCAGUACACUGACAAAGAACAUACAAGAUAGAUUGAAUAGAUUUGCAGGUAACUUGAAGCAAGCUGCAGAAAGUGAUGCCAGGAUCGAGCGUUCAGUGAAAGAUCACUCAGCUCUCAUGUCAAUUCUUGAUCACCGUCCGGUUGAGUCUGCUAUCCCAACUCUUGCUAGGCCGAUAAUGUCUUUGGAUGCCAAUGAAGAUGCUAUUGUUGGUGGCCUAAAGCAGAGCUUGAGGCAGUUGGAAAAUCUUGGUGCUCAACGAGCUGGUCUUGAAGACAUGCUAAAAGAAAUGAAGAGGAAGGAUGAUAUACUACCAAAGUUGAUGACAUCAACUGGGUCCUACGAGGAUCUUUUCAGGAAGGAGAUAGCCAAAUAUGACAAUAUCUGCGAGGAAAUUUCUCGAAACAUUGAGGCCCAGGAACAAUUGUUAUUGCAGAUUCAGGGCCAGAACAACGAGUUUUCUGCCGUGUUUAAUCUAGAAGACUUCAAAGCAUCUCGUGAAAGAUGCUACAAACAGAUUCAAUCUGCAGUAGCCAAGUACAGAGAAAUCAAGGAAAACAUCAAUGAAGGAUUAAAGUUUUAUGUCACUCUUCAGGAUGCAAUCACAAAUGUGAAGCAGCAAUGCAGCGAUUUUGUGAUGACAAGAAACAUCCAAUGCCGCGAAAUGAUGGAAGAUGUCCAAAGGCAGAUGGCCGGCCUCAGUUUUCAGGAUAGUAAAAAUGCAGGUGGUGGCUACAACAGUAACUAUCCUCCGGUAGGUCCCCACGCUCAACGGUCCCAUGCACCGCAAACGGAUGUCCGCCAGCCACCAUCUUACUACCAACCACCUCACGAGCAGUCGCCGGCUGGUGCCCUCUCGGGUUGUAUGUUUCGUCUCAGAAGUGAUUUGUUUCAAAACAUUUGUUACUGUGUUGGGAUGAGUUCCAUUUUAGGUUGUUUUUCAAACAGUUUAUAUCUCUUACAAUCUCCGGUGCCUCAGCUUCUGGUUCAUUCGUUUGCAGAAGGCAUACCUGUAUUCUGUAGUUCAGUCACAUAAAUUUUCUAUGUAUAGAUCAUUAUUUUCCUUUGAAGUUGUUUAUAAGAACAAUAAAAAUUGUGCUGGAAACAGUUUUAUGUAUA